AUGUCGACAAAGUCAAAGACGUACUCUCUCCUCAAUGGCGCGCACACGGCUGGCAUCUUCGCGGACAUGACGGUCGACGGGCCCAUCAUCGGCACCCUCGUCGCCAUUGUCGACCGCGCCAAGAACCUGCCCAACCGCAAGACCAUCGGCAAGCAGGACCCCUACUGUGCUGCCAGGCUCGGGAAGGAAGCAAAGAAGACGGCCACGGACAUUCGCGGUGGCCAGACUCCCAAGUGGGACCAGGAACUUCGCUUCACCGUUCACGACUCGCCCGACUACUACCAGCUCAAGGUCUCCGUGUUCAACGACGACAAGAAGACGGACUUGAUCGGCGAGGCAUGGGUCGACCUCAAGGCCAUAAUCGUCCCCGGCGGCGGCCAGAGCGACAUGUGGCAGAGCCUCACGUACAGGGGCAAGUAUGCAGGCGAGAUUCGGAUCGAAAUCACAUACUACGACUCGCGCCCCAAGCCCGAGAAACAGCCCGUGAGGGCUCGUCAGUCACUGGCUUCUGAGCAAGAGGUCGGCUCGUCGAGGCAGAACACGCCCGUCAAGAGGCGGCCACUGCCUUCUGAUCCUGUGACCGGCGAGGCGCCGCCGCCACCUCCAGCGUCAGCCCCCUUGCCCGCCGAGAGCCAUCAUCACACGCCUCCCCGCUCUCACGGCAAGUCUGUUUCGCAGUCUGGCUUCGUUCCAACGCAGUCCCCACUGCAGGCAGUGGAAUACAACACACCCCCGCCCGCGUCUCGACCCUAUCCGGACCACUACUCGCCUUCACCUCAGUCGGGUUAUUCGAGUGGCCGGGUGGACGGGCCUAGGGUACCACGACCCCGAGAGUCUUUCGACACUCACACGCCGCCCCGUCCGGUCGAAGACCGAGGAUAUGGACAGAGCGCACCCGUGUCGCCGUACGACCAGCCAUCGCCCCGGCGGCAACCCUCGCCGCUCCCAGAGCAUCACGAGCUGCCCUCGGGAGAGGAGUUAAGACAGCCGGCACCAUUCGAAGAUGGACGACCGCCUCCCCCGCCGGCGCACCGGUCGAGGCACAACAGCGGUGGUCAGGAGUUGACUCACAGAGGCUACGACACCUCGCCUCAAAAGUCCACACCGUCGAUGCAGAUGAGACAGGACGUUCUCAAGAGCGAGGCUCACAGGCAUUCCUCGCCGUCGUAUCCCGGCCGGCCGACGUUUCGACCUUAUGAGCCCACAAUGUCCUCGCCAAACCAAAGUGAACCCCAGAACACCCCGCCCUACGAGUCUUCAUCGCCAAGGUACCACUCAUACGAUGCUCCGUACGACCAGCAAUAUCGAUCGAUGCAGCCCACGGUCGAGGACGUCCCCGAAUCUCCGCCGGGCCCCUUGGCAAGCCCCUACAAACACCAUGGUCGGAACAGGAUGAACUCGCACGACGAGAUGAUGUUUCAGACGAACGCAACGCCCGUGCCGCUGAACUUGAGCCGAUCUCCCGGCGGCUCGUCUUAUCCUCCGAGCCAGUCUCCGGGUCAUUAUCAUCCAGUCUCGUACCAGGAGCAUCCUGAACCCCCAGCUUCAGUGUCUCCGCUGUCGGCAAGAGACUACUCCAACAGCCCGAUUUACCCCCAGCAGAACAGUCAAAGCUAUCUCCCAAGCCCGCGUCGCGACUUUGAACCGAGCCACGCGAGAAAUUCACCGAGCUAUGGUACACCGGAUGUGCCUUCUUCGUUGUCGCCGGGCAUGGAUCCGGCUCUGUCCCAGGAGAUUGCUGAACAGAUUUACGAGGAGCGUCGAUAUGACAGCCGAGGCAGCAGAUAUCCGCAGCAGAUGACGACGCCAACCCGGGGCCGCCACCACAGCGAAGGACCGCCCUCAUACGGGACCUCGCCCAACGCAUACGCCACGCAAGGCUACAACGAAAGGUCCGCAGUGACAUACUCCGGAAGUCCCGAUACCCAGAUGGUCCUCCGCAGACGUGAGGUCUCUCCCAACCCCAACGUCCAGCACACGAUCCGCCGGAAGUCGGUUAGCCCCGCUCCGCCUCCGUCUGAGAACCGGCGGGCGUCCGACAUUCCCUUUGGCCCUGAUUCGUAUGACGCACUGAACCCCAGCCUGGCAUCGCCAAGUGUUGCGGGUGACGGCACUGGCCGAGCGCAUCCGGACGACAAGAUCAUCACGCACGACGGCCGAGAAAUUGACCCGUCAGACCACCUGCCCAUGGAGUCUUGGGCCCCUGAGCCCGAACCUAAAGGCUCAAAGGAGCCGUCUCCUGAGCCGCGAUCGAGACCCUCGCCGGCAGGAGCUCAGCCAAUGCCACCCAGCGGCCGGCGGCCACUGCGCGUGGCAGCCAGGCCGCAGUCGAUGGCGGCACUGCCCGCCCCGUCGUAUGGCUAUAAUGAGGAUCAUCGGGCGCCACCGGCACCCACAAACGGAGGCCGCAACCGGCUGCAGAAGAAGGCUCAUCGCGGGUCUGCAGGCCCAGGCCCGUCGCCGGGCAUGUCGAGCCCGCUGGCUCCCGUCUCGACGGAUAACUACCAAGACAGACAGGGCCAGUACACUCCCAGCAGGGGACCUCGUCGCGGCCACUCAUUUGACUACCCCAACGAGAACCACCAUCCUCACUAUGCCUCGGGUCCACCGAUUCCAGCCAAGGUGCCGCUGCCAGUGAUGAGCGGCGCGAACGGCGGCGUCGACCAGGCCUUGAUGCAGGAGAUGCAGAGAAUCGACAUUGGCACGGGGAGGUCCCGCCGCAGAGGUGGAUAUUGA